CUCAUGCGGCAGCCCAGCGUCACGAUCGGCCGCAACUCGUCACAGGGCUCAGUGGACCUGAGCAUGGGCCUGUCCAGCUUCAUCUCACGGCGCCACCUGCAACUCAGCUUCCAGGAGCCGCACUUCUAUCUACGCUGCCUCGGCAAGAACGGCGUCUUCGUGGACGGGGCCUUCCAGCGGCGCGGCGCGCCCGCCUUGCAGCUGCCUAAGCAGUGCACUUUCCGAUUCCCCAGCACAGCCAUAAAGAUCCAGUUCACAUCAUUGUACCAUAAAGAAGAAGCUCCGGCAUCUCCCCUCCGGCCACUCUACCCUCAGAUUUCUCCUCUAAAGAUCCACAUUCCGGAGCCGGAUCUCCGGAGCAUGGUCAGCCCUGUCCCUUCCCCAACCGGCACGAUUAGUGUCCCCAACUCCUGUCCGGCCAGUCCACGUGGAGCUGGGUCCUCGGGCUACCGCUUCGUCCAGAAUGUAACCUCAGACCUGCAGCUAGCGGCAGAGUUUGCAGCAAAGGCCGCCUCGGAGCAGCAAGCAGACACAUCUGGAGGGGAUAGCCCCAAGGACGAGUCGAAGCCACCCUACUCCUACGCCCAGCUGAUUGUGCAGGCCAUCUCCUCGGCCCAGGACAGGCAGUUAACACUAAGUGGGAUCUAUGCCCACAUCACCAAACAUUACCCCUAUUACAGGACUGCUGACAAAGGCUGGCAGAAUUCUAUUCGACACAACCUCUCUUUGAACCGUUACUUUAUUAAAGUCCCACGUUCCCAGGAAGAGCCUGGAAAGGGGUCUUUUUGGCGAAUAGACCCUGCCUCAGAAGCCAAACUUGUGGAACAGGCAUUCCGAAAACGGAGACAAAGGGGCGUCUCCUGCUUCCGCACCCCCUUCGGGCCUCUGUCCUCAAGGAGUGCUCCAGCCUCACCCACUCACCCUGGGCUAAUGUCCCCUCGUUCCAGUGGCCUGCAGACUCCAGAGUGCCUAUCCCGGGAGGGCUCACCCAUUCCACAUGACCCUGAGUUUGGGUCAAAAUUAGCUUCAGUUCCAGAGUAUCGGUAUUCCCAAAGUGCACCUGGCUCCCCCGUCAGUGCCCAGCCAGUGAUCAUGGCGGUGCCACCCCGGCCAUCCAAUUUAGUGGCCAAACCUGUGGCCUACAUGCCAGCUUCAAUAGUGACCUCACAGCAGCCCCCAGGCCACGCCAUCCAUGUGGUGCAGCAAGCUCCCACCGUCACCAUGGUCAGGGUGGUCACCACCUCUGCCAGCUCUGCCAAUGGAUAUAUCCUCACCAGCCAGGGCUCAGCAGGGGGCUCCCAUGACACAGCAGGCACUGCUGUGCUGGACUUGGGCAGCGAAGCCAGAGGAUUGGAGGAGAAACCCACCAUCGCAUUUGCCACCAUCCCUGCCGCCAGCCGAGUCAUCCAGACAGUGGCCAGCCAGAUGGCUCCAGGAGUCCCUGGACACACAGUCACCAUCCUGCAGCCGGCCACACCAGUGGCCAUUGGGCAGCACCACCUUCCAGUUCGGGCCGUCACUCAGAACGGAAAGCAUGCUGUUCCCACAAACAGCUUAGCUGGCAGCACUUACGCCCUCACCAGCCCCCUGCAGCUACUGGCAGCCCAGGCAAGUUCAUCCACACCAGUGGUGGUCACCCGGGUGUGCGAGGUGGGGCCCGAGGAGACAGUAGCAGCAGUCGGGGCAGCAGCCACCACAACUGCCACCACCACCACCACCACCCCAGCCACUGCCACCAUUGCUUCAGCCUCUUCCAGCGGGGAGCCCGAGGUCAAGAGAUCCCGGGUGGAGGAGCCCAGUGGGACUGCAGCCACACAGACCGGGGUGAUCACAGCCGCCAGCCCCCAGGGGCCAGGCACGGGGGAGUGACGUCAGCUGUCACUGGCACAGACCCUGGAGCUGGACCUAAUGGUGCAGACGGGCUGCACCACGGGCCGAGGAGAACAGCCACACAGCCAGCUGCCUGUGGUGUACGCCAAGCACCUGAACACGCUCGGCCCUUCCCGUUUAUUUCCUAUCCUCUCUGGUUUAAAGCAAAACACAUAAAUGAGUUCAGACAACUGA